GUGUUGAGACAGACCACCUGAUUUUAUGAGAUUGAAGUCCACGGUAUGCUAUUUGUACCGAUUGCACUUUACUGUGACAGAAUCGGUUACUGGAAUAACAGCAAAACCACUUGUGUUUAGAACCAUGUCUACAAAACUACGUGAGCUGUAUCCAGAAAUAGAGCCGUUUGCUAAAGAGCAUCUGAAGGUGUCAGAUCUACAUAAUAUUUAUGUAGAGCAGUGUGGAUCAAAGUCUGGAAAACCUGUAAUAUUUGUACAUGGAGGUCCAGGAGGGGGGAUAAGUCCACGUGACAGGAGAUUUUUUGACCCUGAUGUUUACAGAAUUAUCUUGUUUGACCAGAGAGGAAGUGGAAAAAGCACCCCAUCUGCAGAACUCAAGGAAAACACCACCUGGGAUUCAGUGGCAGACAUGGAGAAGAUCAGACAGCACUAUAACAUUGAUAAGUGGGUUGUGUUUGGAGGGAGCUGGGGGUCCACUCUUUCAUUGGCGUAUGCUGAGACACAUCCAGACAGAGUUAAAGCCCUUGUUUUAAGGGGGAUAUUUACUCUUAGAAGACGUGAACUUCUUUGGUUCUACCAAGAUGGUGCUAGUUUAAUUUUUCCAGAUAAAUGGGAGGAUUACAUCAAGCCUAUUCCUGAGGUAGAGAGGGGGGACAUAAUGAGUGCCUACUACAGAAGACUGACCAGUGAGGAUGAGAAUACUCGUGUCCAGGCAGCUAAAGCCUGGAGCGGCUGGGAAAUGGCCACAUCAAGAUUGCUAAUUGAUGAAGAAAUGUUAAAGAAAGUAGACAGUGAUGUGUGGUCUUUGCAGUUUGCCAGAAUUGAAUGUCAUUAUUUUGUAAACGGAGGAUUCAUGAAGAAGGAUGGACAACUCUUGGAUGAUGUAGAUAAAAUUCGUCACAUUCCUUGCACCAUAGUCCAGGGCAGGUACGAUGUGGUCUGUCCAGCAGAAACAGCUUGGUUACUGCAUAAGAAAUGGCCCGAGGCUGAGUUUCAUAUUGUUCCUGAUGCUGGACAUUCCAACAGGGAGUCUGGAACUGCAUCUCUGUUACUGGAUGCCACGGACAAAUACAAAACUCUAUAAACAAAAUACAGGCAAAUGUAAAAUUCGAAAUUGAACAUCCAAACUUUUACAGGGCAUCACAAAGAAUUACAACAAACACAGCUUAUUUGGACUAAAAUUUACGAACAAGUGCAUAAUUAUAAACAGAAAUGUGACAGCCUUUCUUGCACAGAAUAUUUUACAGAUGUAUUGGGAUGGUUAACAGUACAUGUCUGCAGUUAACCUUUGUGAUAUUUUGUGCUUCAUUUAAUAUCACAGAAAUUAAAAUAUUCAGUUUGUAUAUUUUUAAUUUAUUCAAUAAACAUGUAUAAAUCAAAGAAUAAUAAAUAAAAUAUUUUCACAGAA